AUGCCUUGCGAUAAAGCUUCCGUUUUAUCAACUUUUGCUGUUAAAUUGGGUGUAGGAGUUUGUGGAAUUGGAAUUUCUGGGGUUGUUAAUUUAGUGGAAGAAAUAGUACUGGUUUGGGUCGAUGUGGUUGUUAAUUUAGUGGUUGGAAUACUAGUUUUGGGCGAAAAUGUUGUUUUGAUUGUGGGGUUUUUAGUGGUUUGGGAACGAUUAUUUUUAACAAGUUUACCGUUGGUACAUUGCCUUUUGAGAAUAUAAUUUA